UCCCAUCAGCUGUGAUUGCUCAGCUUCAGGUCUGAACCUGCUUAUCUGUGAUACAACCAGCUGCUGUUGUGAUACACACUGUCUUUACAGGUGUUCCUGUUUGCAGGAGCAGCUGACUGUCACACUGAAUCAGUAUUAGUUAGUUAACAGGAGGAUCAUGGCUUCAUCCUCCAUCAGCUUCUUGCUCUUCUUCAUCACCGUGUACACAGCAGAUGGAUUUUUGCACUAUCAUAUGUACCGCUGUUUGUUUAACUCCACUGAGCUGAAGGACAUCGAGUACAUCUCCUCUUUCCAUUACAACAAACUGGAGUAUUUGAGGUUCAGCAGCACUCUGGGGAAGUUUGUUGGAUACACUGAGUUUGGAGUGAAGACUGCAGAACGAUUGAACAAUGACACCCUAGAGGUGAACCGCCAGAGAGCUCAGAAGGAGAUGUACUGCCAACACAAUAUUGGAAUAUGGUACAGUAAUGUUCUGACCAAAUCAGUUCGGCCCUAUGUGGUUCUGCACACCACAGCGCCUCCUUCUAAAUGCCAUCCAGCCGUGCUGGUCUGCAGCGUCUACGACUUCUACCCCAAACAGAUCAAAGUGAGCUGGUUCAGAGACGGGCAGGAGGUCACCUCAGAAGUCACUUCCACCAAUGUGAUGGAGGAUGGUGAUUGGUACUACCAGAUCCACUCUCGCCUGGAGUACACGCCCAGAUCUAGAGAGACGAUCUCCUGUGUGGUGGAACAUGCCAGCCUGGAAGCACCUCUGAAGACCUACUGGGGUAAACACCUGUCCAUGUCUACCUGUCUGUCUGUCCGUCUCUCACCUGUUUGUCUCUCACCUGUUUGUCUGUCCUCAGAUCCAUCCAUGCCUAAGUCAGAUAAAGAAAAGAUCGCCAUCGGAGCCUCAGCACUGAUUCUGGGUCUGAUCUUUGGUCUGGCUGGAUUCUUCUACUACAGGAGCAGGCCCCAAGAUCUGUUUUCGUUUGAGUCAGAGAAAAACAAAAUCGCCAUCAGAGCCUCAGGACUGACUCUGGAUCAAGUCCUGUCUCUUGCUAGAUUCAUCUACUACAAGAAGAAUGCCCAAGGACGUAUUUUGGGUCCCUACUAACCAAGGCAAGAUCCUGGUCCUGGUCCUGAUUCUGUCUAUUAAAUGACAGAAAAAUCAGCUGCUGCUUGAAUCUGCUUUCUGUUUGCAGCUCAGCAGACAGAUGAUCCUUUUUGGACUGAAUUCUCUAAACCUGACACGGCUGAAGUCUGAUGCUACCCUAGUCUGGACCUGGUCUAGGACCACCACAGUGUGAAUCCAGUUCUGCUGGUUGUUGCAAUGUUUCAGUGAUGUGUGUUGGUCCAGUCCUGGAUCAGGUUUAAUAUGAGUCUCUGAUCUUCACUGUAUAAAACAGAACAUUUCCAGCCUUUUGUAUCUGCAGACCGACAGCUUUGAAAUCAUUUGUAACCAGAUGUUUGACUGAUAUGUGGCUGUAGUUCAACUGCUUCACAUUUAUCCAUUUUUGUGUAUGUUUUUCAUAAAGCAUCCUAAAAUCUGA